AUGGCGAGCAACGAGCCCGUUCCGUCCCCAGCCCAGGGUGUCGGUCCCAUCGGCCAACCAGAUGGCGAGAAGCCCACGGCCACGGUCUCCAAGGAAGUGUCCUACGAGAAUGUCCACGUUCUCGCGCAGACGCCUCAGCUGAUUGCCCUCUUGACGAUGAUCAGAGAUAAGCGGACAGCACGUGCCGAUUUUAUUUUCUAUUCCAACCGGAUCAUUCGACUCUUGGUGGAAGAAGGACUGAAUCACCUUCCCGUGGUCGAGCAGUCGGUCACUACUCCCGUCGGUCGGGCUUAUCUGGGCGUCAAGUUCGAAGGCAAAAUCUGCGGUGUCUCCAUCAUGAGAGCCGGGGAGGCUAUGGAGCAAGGCCUGAGGGACUGCUGCCGGUCUGUCCGCAUUGGAAAGAUCCUGAUCCAACGAGAUGAGGAGACCUGCAUGCCUAAGCUUUUCUACGAGAAGCUUCCUGCCGAUAUUGCUGAUCGUUGGGUUCUCCUCCUGGAUCCCAUGUUCGCAACCGGAGGCUCCGCGACCUUGGCCGUAGAGGUUUUGAAGCAAAAGGGAGUUCCUGAACACCGCAUCUUGUUCCUGAAUCUGAUCGCAAGCCCCUCGGGUGUUGCAGAAUUUGCGGAGAGAUUCCCCAAACUUCGCGUAGUCACUUCCUUUAUCGACCAAGGGUUGGAUGACAAGAAGUAUAUCAUUCCUGGCCUGGGAGACUUUGGUGACAGAUACUACACCCUAUAG